AUGUCGCGACACCGGGUAAAGAACAUUAGCUACGACGAUGACGACUACGAUGAUGAUGGAUACGACUCGCAAGAUCCUGAAGAACUGGAAUAUCUCCAGGAAUGCACUACGGAAGUGUUGAACCAGCUGCGGACGGGGGAGCCAUCCGUGACCGCAACUCGGGAAGAGGUCCAGGACUCGCUGUACUACUACUAUAACGACGUUGACAAGACGGUUAACUACCUGCGCAACAAGAAAGUGAAAGAGCUCCAGAAGAAGCAGACCGCUGCUGCGCCUGCUCCGGUGAAGGCUAAAGUGUCUGCAUAUCCUCUCCCCUUCGCUCCGCCUCCUCCCUCGUCCCUCUCUGCGCACUUCUCAGCAGCCGAAUUCUUCCGCGACUCGCCGUGGUUGAACGUGCCGCCGCACCGGAAAGCGGAGAUCCUCGUCGAACCUCUCUACCCUCGUCUCGGGCUCCUGGGCGGCGCCCCCGAAGCAGGCGGCAAAAUGUCCAAGCUCGCGGCAUUGGCGGCAGCGCGGAAGAAGAAAGAAGGCGAUAAGGCAUCCAGUGCAAGCGCGACCUCGACUCCGCAGAGCGAACUGUCGGACUCAUCGGCGUCAGAGCAGAAGGGGGCUCCGCUGUCGCUGCGGGAGCGGCUUGCGACUAAUGGCAGGACACCGAAGUCAUCGGAUUCGCUGCAGUCAUUGCGAUCACUGGGCAAGGCGUCACCACGUCCUAGUAGUGCCUCUGUGUCGCCAAAGAAGAGGUCGCCCGAGCCGCAAACGCCGCCAGUGUCGCUGGAGGCACCUGUGGGCGACCAGACGAAGAGCGUGGCCGAUCGCAAGGAUUUGGAGCAAACUCCUCCUAGCAAUAUCCGCGCUCCGCCGUCCACGUUUGCUAGCACGAUUGUUGGAGACUCAGUACGCCCGCGCAUGACCGAGCCCAGCCACCUCUACGCCAGCUCACUUGAUUUGAUCCGAAUCUACGGACAAGACCUUGCUGAACCGUUUGACUUCACAGGCCCUAGCCCCGACGAUGUCGUGUUGAACGCACAGAACUCAGCAAAAGGGUUCAAGUCGAAACAGCCUGCUGCGAAAGCAACGGGUGACAAAAAAGCCCAGGGCGAUUUGGCAAGUGGCAUGAGUAAUUUGAAUGUGGCCGAAAAGGUGAACGUCAAGAGCAAGAACCUUGAUGUCUUGUCUGAGUAUCAGAAAUCCAAACGGAAGAAUGCUAUGAAUUUUGCGGUCAUUGGCCAUGUGGACGCGGGUAAGAGUACGCUCAUGGGGCGCCUGCUGGCGGAUCUGAAGGCAAUCGACUCUCGCACUCUGGAUAAAUAUCGUCGCGAAGCCGAAAAGAUCGGGAAGGGCUCGUUUGCUCUCGCCUGGGUGCUGGAUCAAGGGUCUGAGGAGCGGGCCCGUGGUGUCACCAUUGAUAUCGCUAUGAACAAGUUUGAGACCGAUAAGGCAGUCUUUACGAUAGUGGAUGCGCCGGGACAUCGUGAUUUUGUCCCCAAUAUGAUUGCUGGUGCGAGCCAGGCGGAUUUCGCCGUCCUUGUUAUUGACUCGAGCACGGGCAACUUCGAAUCGGGACUGAGGGGUCAGACCAAGGAACACGCCCUGCUUGUCCGAAGUAUGGGUGUUCAGCGGAUAAUUGUCGCGGUGAAUAAGAUGGAUUCGGUGCAGUGGGACAAGGAUCGGUUUGAAGAAAUCGAACAGCAGAUCUCGGCUUUCUUGACGACGGCUGGGUUCCAGGCGAAGAACAUCUCUUUCGUGCCAUGCUCUGGUAUCAGCGGCGAUAACGUCACUCGACGAAGCGAAGACCCCAACGUCUCCUGGUACAAGGGCAAUACUUUGAUCGAGGAACUGGAAGCUACCGAGCCGUACACGCAUGCGCUCGACAAGCCGCUCCGGAUGACAAUCGGCGAUGUCUUCCGUGGAAGCGUACAGAAUCCCCUUUCGAUCUCCGGCCGAAUUGACGCGGGCAGCUUGCAAAUGGGCGAUCAGAUCUUGACUAUGCCCAGCGGCGAGAAGGCGACUAUCCGCAGCUUGGAAGUGGACGGUGAGCCAAGUGACUGGGCCGUGGCCGGCCAGAACGUGGUCUUGAAUCUCGCCAACAUCGACCCUAUCCAUCUCCGAUCCGGCGAUGUCAUUUGCCGUGCGUCUGCGCCGAUUGCCAACAUCAACACGUUUACCGCCAAGGUUCUGGCCUUUGAGCACCUCAUGCCGAGUAUGGUCGACGUCCACCGCGGGCGGUUGCAUGUGCCGGGCCGGAUCAGCAAAUUAGUCGCUACCCUCGACAAGAGCUCUGGGGUGGUUGUGAAAAAGAAGCCCAAGAUCGUUGCGCCGGGGAACGUGGCUCGUGUCGUCGUCGAGAUGGACCAAGCCGUGCCGCUGGAAGCCCCUACUCGGAUUGUGUUACGAUCCAAUGGGGAUACGGUGGCCGCAGGGUUAUUGGAGUAA